CAGUGCCUGCUGGCCAGUCCUGACAAUAUAAAACAGGUCAGAGCCCUCCCGCCCGCCUGCUCAGUUCCAUCCCUAGAAGCAGCUUCUCCAGGAACAGAGGCGCCAUGCAGUCCCGGGUGCUCCUCGUUGCGGCCAUCCUGGCACUCCUAGCCUCUGCCCGAGCUGCAGAGGCCGAGGAUGCCUCCCUCCUCAGCUACAUGCACGGCUACGUGCAGCACGCCACCAGGACCGCCCAGGAUGCACUGACCAGCGUGCAGGAUUCUAAGAUGGCCCAGCAGGCCAGGGGCUGGGUGAACGAUGGCAUCAGCUCUUUGAAAGACUACUGGAGCACGUUUACGGGCAAGUUCUCCGGGUUCUGGGAGUCCACCCCUGAGGCCAGCCCAACUCAGGCCUCUGAGGACGUCUGAGAACUCGACGCUCCACACCCACCUCUCCUCCAUCCUGCCAGUUCCCUGGGUUCUGCAGACUCCUGGGCUGCCCUUGAAGGUUGCUUGAAAGGGGCAGCAUUCUCCCACCCCACCCAGGCCCCACCCACCUCCAGGCAUGCUGCCUCCCAAUAAAGCUGGACGAGAAGCUGCCAUGA